AUCGGUAUCGGCUGAUAUUAGUCAUUUUUAGCAUAUCGGUAUCGGCUGGUAUUAGUCUUUUUUAACAUAUCGGUAUCGGCCCGAUGAAUAAAACUGGGCCGAUAAUAACGACUGAUAUUUAUUUCCAUCUUGUUGCUGUCAGUUUCUGGUCGUUUUUCCAAAGGUGUCAAAACAGUAGAAAAAUAAAUAUCGGUAAAUAUUGGUUAUCGUACAAUAUUGAUAUCGGAUAUCGGCCCAAAUUCUCAUAUCGGUGCAUCCAUAGUUCAGGUGACCCUUAUCAUUAUAGCUGGGAAUAUUUUACUAUCUCAGGAUUUGAUUCAAAAUCAAUGUUUGAUUCAAUAUAUCGGUGAAAGAAAUCAUCAUGUAUGGAGGGCUAAAGGUGGCAAAAUGAAAUAAAUAAAUAAAUAAAUAGUCAAUAAAAUACAUAUGGAUAAAUCUCCCAUUUGUUUAUUUUCCAGCCUUUAUUUUAUCAGAAUAAAGGCUGGAAGUUUUUAACCUCAAAGGGUUAAAAACAAGCUUUUAACCCUUUGAGGUUAAAAACUUGUUUUUCCAGAGAUUCCUGACUGGAGCACAGAAAAACUCAGUGAAAAGAAACUCCACAAAAACACAGGUGCAUUUAAUGGAAUCAGCCUCAAAAACGUUAGAUUUAAAAUGAAAUUUAUUAUGAAAUCAUUAAAAGCAGCUGGAUCCGACGGUUUAAAUCGUCACGACGACGGAUGUCCAGGACUAGAUUUUAGAUUAUUGUUGAUUUUUAAUGAAAAUGAACUAAAACUGAUGAUGAAAGUUUCUCUGUUGGGUUUUUCUGAACGCGAAGCGCUUCAGCCGAACCUCGCCGGUCCGUUGUCUUCCAGAGCACGAGGGCCCGGUGCACGUGGUGUCGGUGUCGUCCGACGGCCUGCAGGUUCUGGCCGCCACCUUCACCGGAAACCUGGGCUACCUGGACGUGAGCAGCCGCGGCUACAGCACCCUGAUGAGGUCGCACACCGACGACGUGCUGGGCUUCAGCCUGGACGGCAUCCGGCGCCACCUGACCACCGCCUCGGCCGACGGGACGCUGCGCGUCUGGAGCAUGGAUUCCUUAGAGCAGUUGUAUGAUUUCGUGUCGAUGGACAAGCCGUGCUCCGUGGCGUUUCAUCCACACGAGCCGACCUUCGCCUGCGGCUUCUCCUCCGGAACCGUCAGAGUGUUCGACAUCUCCAGCGCCAGGCUGCUGGCCGAGCACAAGCAGCACCGGGGGGAGGUGGUGGGUCUGGCCUUCUCCUCAGACGGAGAUCUGAUGUUCAGCGCCGACUCUGACGGCUCCCUGGUUCUUCAUGACGCCACGGAGGAGGAGCACAGCGUGAUCAGAGUGGCAUGCAGCGUUGUGGCCCGAGGCACUGAGCGCGCUCCGGACGCUCUGGCGGUCAGCGGCGACAGCAGCCGGCUGGCGUUCGUUGGUCCGACGCCGCACAUCGUCACCGUCGCUGACGCUCGCUCUCUGGACGAGCUGCUGCAUGUGGACGUCAGCAUUUUGGACGUGGAAAGCUCUGAGCUGGAUUCGGCGCUGAAGGUCCGCUUCUCUCCGGCCUCCGCUGAACAUUUACUCGUCGCUACGUCUGCUAACAAAAUCCUGUGGAUCAGCACCAAGACGGGCCGCCUGCUCAGACAGGUGUCCGGCGUCCAUAAGCGUCCCUGUUCCUCUCUGGCUGUGAGCGAAGACAGGCGCUUCCUCCUCACGUCUGGACACAACACCGUGAAAGUGUGGGACUACAAGAGGACAAACCAAGUUAACCCACAGAUGUACAUCGGCCACAGCCAGCCGAUCCGCCAGGUCAGCUUCACCCCCGACCAGCUCGGGGUCGUCUCCGUGGGAGACGCCGUGUUCCUCUGGGACUUCCUGGCAGAGCCGGAUGAAUGUGUAAUGGGCGUCAGAUCCCAGUUCAAAGCUAGCUACAGCGUUCCUCUGCCAGCAGACGGUGAAGUGAACGCAGCACAGCUGUCCAAUGGGAUGCCUCGGCAGGCGGCGCCGCUCCCCUCCUCACAGCACCAGCUGGACGUUAGCGCCAUGGACCCAGAGAUUCAGGGAGGCACGUUGGUCAAAACCAACUCUAAACUGUUUUAAACACAUCACGUUCAUUUACAGAUAUUAGUGGUGGGGACCGCUAACGAAAUGGUUAGCAGUGCUAAAGUAAACACU